UUUAAGCGCACAAUUUUAGAAGAAAACAACAACGUCAAGGCUUAACUAAACAAGUGGAAAAUAUAAAUGUUUGCCGGCCUGAAGUUCCUCAUAUUUGCUUCUGCUGAGAGAUUUGCUUGAGCUCUCAGAGCUGUAGCUAAGAAUGAAGGGUGCUGCUUGCUCUACUCCAUCAGUCCUGCUUCUUCUUUUCCUAUCUUUGUUAUUUUUAGCUCGUGGGAUUUUCUGCAGUAAAUUUACCCGCCAUGACUUCCCUUCCACCUUUGUUUUUGGUGCUGGAACUUCCGCUUUUCAGUAUGAAGGCGCUACAUCAGAGGAUGGAAGAACACCAAGCGUUUUGGAUGUGGCCUUCCAUGGAGAUAAUAGUACGGCCUUGUCAGCCGAUGGUUACCAUAAAUACAAGGAAGAUAUCAAGGUCAUGAGUGAUACAGGGCUUGAAGCCUACAGGUUCUCUAUCUCGUGGUCAAGACUUCUGCCAUAUGGGAGAGGAACUGUUAAUGAGAAAGGCGUCCAGUACUAUAACAGCGUUCUUGAGGAGCUAGCCAAACGAGGGAUUCCGGCGCAUGUUACACUUAAUCAUCUUGAUAUUCCACAGGUUCUUCAAGAUGAGUAUGGAGGAUGGCUAAGCCCUAAGAUUGUCAAGGAUUUCAAAGAAUUUGCAGAUGUAUGCUUCAGGGAAUUUGGCAGUAAGGUCUCUCACUGGACCACCAUUACUGAGCCAAACAUAAUUGGGUUAACGGGUGAUUUCGUCCCGCACUCUUGGUGUUCUCCAAAAUUUGAAACCAUCAAUUGCUAUGCUGACAGUUCAGCAGAUUGGAUAUACAUUAAGGUUCACAAUAUGCUAAUAGCACAUUCAGAAGCUGUUAGACUAUACAGAACAAAAUAUCAGCGCUAUCAAGGGGGCUGGAUUGGACUGAAUAUUUAUUCUUUCUGGUGCCAACCAUUUUCAAACUCUUCUGCGGAUCUUGAAGCGACAUUACGAGUAAAGAGCUUCAUGUUUGACUGGGUUCUAAGUCCAGUAACAAUUGGAGACUAUCCUGAGCUGAUGAAGAGUAUUGCUAGCACAAGGCUGCCUUCAUUUACCAACUCUCAGUCAGAAGUAUUAAAGGGCUCAUUCGACUUUAUGGCUAUAAACUAUUAUGCAUCAGGGUACAUCAGUGAUAACUCCAAUAGUUCCAAGGCAGGCGCUAGUGGUUUCCAAGCAGAUAUGGCUGCCAUCAUGCGAGUUAAUAAGAAUGAUCCACCAACCAUGGGCCCGUUUCUACCAACUCGUGUUCCAGAAGAUUUUUCUGGACUUGAGAAGAUGUUGCAUUAUCUCAAGGAGAAGUAUGGGAAUCCUCCAAUUUACAUCCAUGAGAAUGGCUUUGCUGCUGGACUUGAAAACGUUUUAAAUGAUACAGCGAGGAUUGCAUACUUAGAAGGUUACAUUGGAAGCACACUUGAAGCCAGCAGGAGUGGCGUACAAGUUAGAGGAUACUUUGUUUGGUCUUUUCUUGAUGUUUAUGAGUUCUUGGGUGGCUACAAAAAAGGAUUUGGACUCUACCAUGUGGAUUUUGAUGAUGAGAAACGGCAUAGAACGCCUAAGCUUUCAGCACAUUGGUACUCCAGUUUUCUUAAGAAUAAUGUUAGUGUGGUGUUCAGCAUUGAGAGUGCUGGUCUUGAAGCCACUUCUCUUUAUUCACAAUAAUUUUUUUUUUUUUGUUGGGCAAAAACUAUUAUCUGGCACAGAGGUCAUUUAGCUCUCAGAGGAUGUCAUUGCAGUGAAAUA